AUGUUCGUGUUCGAGUCGCAACUGCCGGAGGGGAAGGACCUGUGUAUAUUCAUGGGCGAUGACAAGUUCGAGAAUGAGCUACUCAUAGCGCACGGGUUCCCGGAGGACAUUUGGUUCCACGCGGACGACUACUCCAGUGCCCACGUCUACGUCAGACUGCCCAAGGGAAAAACGAUAGAUGACUUGAGUGAAGAGAUGGUUAAUGAGCUAUGUCAGCUGACGAAGGGCAAUAGUAUUGAGGGGUCUAAGCAGCCGUCUAUUGACGUGGUAUAUACGCCUUGGAGCAACUUGAAGAAAGAGAAAGGGAUGGACAUUGGCACCAUUGGUUUCCACAACCGUCGGAAAGUGAUAAAGGUGCGAGGGGUGAACCGAGACCGUGAGCUGUUGCGGAAGUUGGAGAAGACGCGGAAGCACGUAGUCAAGACGGAGGAGGAGUAUAUCCAGGAGCGCCGGGGUCGGGAUCGUAGCGAGAUUGAGGAGGGGAAGAAAGCCAAGAAGCAGGAAGCGUUGGCCAAGAAGAAGGCAGAAGAGGAGGACAGAACUGCCUACCGACUGAAGCACUACGUGGACCUCAAAGUCGUGCGCAAGGACCCCUUCGCCGACGCCGAGGAAGCCGACGGUACCAUCGAGGGUUGUCGCGCCGCCGAAGACGACUUCAUGUAG